AUGGUUCGUCUAUCGUGUGGAGUUCAGUGUGCGCGUACGACAUUAUUUGCAUUGAAUAUCAUCUUUCUUAUUUUUGGUUUUUCAAUAUUGGGUCUCGGAAUCUAUGUUAAAAUCAAUGGAAAUUUUAGUGCCAUCGCAGCCGCUUAUAAUAUUACGCAAUCACUUGGAGGACUGACUAUGCAAUGGGUGGGAACGAUCAUAAUUAUUGUCGGCGUAUUCACGUCUUGUCUAGCAGCAUUCGGUUGUCUUGGUGCUAUUUGUAAAAAUCGAGUUUUUCUUUAUUCAUAUGCAACUCUCUUAACUCUGAUUGUUUUAAUGGAAUUCGGUGCAGUUGUUGUUAUCUUAAGAUUUCGAAAUGAUUUAUGGCAAUCGUAUGAUUCUGGUUUCGAAGAAAUAUUUCGAAAUGCUUAUCGUAAUAAACACAACGCAACAAUUGAAAUCAUUGAACAAUUAGAAAAAGAAUUUAAAUGCUGUGGAGUUGAUAGUGCUACAGACUACUUAAAACUUGAUCUUCCAGUUCCUAAAUCAUGUUAUCCGCAACAAACACACAAAAGCUUCCCUUAUACUCAAGGCUGUGCUGAAGCCGUGGCUCUUUGGAUAUGGAAAGAAUUGCCUUGGAUUGCUGUAGUAUUAGGUGCCAUUUUAUUUAUUGAAAUUUUUGGUAUUGUUUCCUCGCUUGUGCUUGGAGUAGCAAAAUCUCAUUCAUCGAAUGUUGAAAUUUACGAUCAAUACUUAUAG